GCAAAGAUCGAAAGCUAUUUAACCAGUGAAUCAGCGUGUAGUUCAUCACGAAGGGCAUGAAAGUGGAGGUGGGAGCAUAUGACCAAACUCGUGAAGUUUAGCAGAAACCACUGGCGAUGGCCACGUAUUAGAUUAUUGGGCUGUAACCCUCGUGUUCAUACAUGAUAAUUCUGUGGCAUGAUCAGGAUAAAAUCACGGAAGAUGUUGAAUAAAGCCAGUGAUCAUGUGGAGGUAAAACUUGGCCAAAUUCAUUCAUGGAAGUGGCCUCAUCCCGACUGUCACCCCCUGCUUUGUGGGCAAAACCGCCUUCCAGGUGGAGGAGGGGGACUAGGGCCGGAGAAUCCUUAAGCGCCCUUUCCUCCUCAAAACAGGAGGCUUUUAAUGGCCUCUCUUGCAGAGGAGGCAAUUUGAAAGCAGACCCACUGCGCCUCAUCAUGUUUCAGGGAUUUAAUUGGGAGUCAUGGAAGAGCUCAUGCUGGUAUGAUGUGCUCAAAAGCAAAGUGAAAGAUUUGGCCGAGGCUGGCAUUACAGACAUAUGGCUUCCACCUCCAUCGCAUUCCGUGGCUCCUCAAGGAUACAUGCCAGGUAGGUUGUAUGAUUUGGAUGCAUCAAAAUAUGGCACUGAAGAGAAGUUGAGGGAGCUUAUUGACACCUGCCAUGAGCAAGGCAUACGGUGCAUGUCGGAUGUGGUCAUAAACCACCGAUGCGCCGAUUUCAAGGACGAGCGUGGCGUCUGGUGUGUCUUUGAAGGAGGCACACCAGACGAGCGACUCGAUUGGGGGCCAUGGGCGGUGGUCAAGAACGACGUCCAAUACUCCGACUCCACCGGCAAACCUGACACCGGCGAAGACUUCGGCGCUGCCCCCGACAUCGACCACACCAAUCCACGUGUGCAAAAUGAUCUGAUCGAAUGGCUGCGGUGGCUGAAGUCCCAUGUGGGCUUCGACGGAUGGCGUUUUGACUUUGCCAAAGGCUAUGCCCCCUGCUACGUGGGGCUCUACAUCUCAAAGACGGAGCCCCAAGUGGUAGUAGGUGAAAUCUGGAACAGCCUCGCCUAUGGCCCGGACGGACGUCCUGUUUACAAUCAAGAUGCCCACCGCCAACAGCUGGUGGAUUGGGUCCAUGGCACAGGGGACUCUGCCCUGACCUUCGACUUCACCACCAAGGGCAUUCUUCAGGAGGCCCUACGCCCCAAUGCCCAUGAGCUUUGGCGCCUCCGGGACUCUGACAACCGUCCCCCAGGCAUGAUUGGCUUUUGGGGCGAGAAAGCUGUCACCUUUGUGGACAACCAUGACACUGGCUCCACUCAAAAUCAUUGGCCCUUUCCUCCAGACUCAAUUCUCCUCGGAUAUGUCUACAUUCUUACUCAUUCUGGAACUCCCUGCAUUUUUUAUGACCAUUUCUUCGAUUGGGGCAUGAGUAAAGAGAUAAUGGAUUUGGUGGAAAUACGUAGGAGAAAUGACAUUAGAGCCAACAGCCUGUGCAACAUCAUUGCAGCAGAGGGAGAUUUGUACAUGGCGUGCGUGGAUGAGAAAGUUAUAGUGAAGAUUGGAGCGAGGUUUGACAUUGGAGGACUGGCUCCCUCGCCUCAUGUGUUUGAUAUAGUAGCUGCAGGCCACCAUUACUGCGUGUGGGAAAAAAGGAGCAUAUGAGACCACUGCAAAAAAAUUUCCCAUUUGUUAGGAGACAAUGAAAUAAGUGAAAUAAUUUAUAUUUAUUUUUAGUAAUAUUGUAGAAAUCAGACAAAUGAAAAUAAAAAGUUUAAUAAUGUUCAAGAGAUCAAUAUAGAAAGAGCACAAAAUGAGUUUAAUAAUA